AUUAAUAAUUCCGAAUAAGUAGAGUUCGAACAAAUACAGAUUGGUGAAAUAGGGAGAGUCAACUGAGGACGACAGAGCAAUAGUUCUUCUUCUUCUUCACCGAAUCACCUUCAUAGAUUGGAUUGGAGAUUUCUGUAUUCGAUUUGGUUCUACACCAACAUAGGCUGAAAGAAUGGCUGGACAUGACUCAAAGAAAUCAAGUGAUGCCAUAAAUGACUUACCAACGUUCAACGCGGAGAAUUUGCAAAGUAACAUGAAGACUAUAUUUUACAGCCGAACAUUCAUGGCUAUCAUUGCUGGAGUCGUUGCUGGAAUUUUGGGAUUAACAAGCUGGAAAGGAUUUGUUCUUUAUUUUCUUGUCAUGGCCAUUACUUCAGUUGGACUUAUAGCCAAGGCCGGAUUUUCCAUCCAUUCAUACUUUGAUUCCUGGAACCAGAUUGUGCUCGAUGGUUUCUUUGGUGGGCUAUUGUCAUUCGUGCUGUUCUGGACAUUUGCUUAUGACAUUGUGCAUAUAUUCUGAGGAGUGAGGCGCCAUCUGCUUAUGGAGUUGAUGAAGGAAGGAAGGAACCUAUGCGCAUUAGUUGCUGUAUCAAUACCUGAAGCAAUUAUGUAGUUGAUGCUGCUGUUUGUAUGCAACUCACAUCAACUUUGAAUUUGAGAAUAGUUUAAAUCGAUCAUUUAGGCAUUAUGUCUUUUAAUUAUCUAUACCAUUUUUCCCUUUGGAAAAGUUUUGUUUAGGUCUUUAAUUAUUAAUCUAUAUUGUUUUUGCGACUUACUAUUACUAAUCUUUGAUGGGUGAAUAAGAUUAAUUUUCUUGAAAACAA